AUGUUUGUAACGUCCAUUGCAGCACGUCGAAAACUGCGUCGCAAUUCAGAUUUGCAUAUUUUUGCAUGCAAACAAGCUGAAGCUAAACAGAUACGUCGUAUAUCAUUAACAACUGUUCAACAACCAGAAUCGGUUAUCAAACGAUUGGGUGCUCGUAUUCGAAGAUUAUUUGUCGGUUGGGAGCCGUUGAUUCAGGAUUUUAAAAUGAAUGAAAAUAUUAAGGAUGACGAGAAUGAUAAUAGUGAUAGUGACAGUAAUGGCGGCGAAGAUUUUAGAGAAAAAGUAAAUUUGAAUGACAUUAGUGAUAUUUUAGAACUGCGUUAUAAAACAAUAAUUUUAAAAAUAUUAGCGUGUUAUUAUAUUUAA